GCCGGGCAUGUAUAAACAUAUCCAGGCGAUCGGAAGAUACAGAGACGUUUUGGUCGUAUUAAUAAUAAUAAUAAUAAUAAUAAUAAUAAUAAUAAUAAUAAUAAUAAUAAUAAUAAUAAUCAGUGCUUCAGGAGUUUUAGAUUUAUUUUGAAAAUUGGAAUAAAAAUAUUUUAAAAAUAAAAAUCCAUUAUUUGGAAUCCUUCAGUCAGAUUAGUAGUAUGUAAUAGAAUGCAUUGGAAUGUAUCAUAACACACGACAUACAUGCACGCUGUGAAUAGAAGCAUGAGCCGUGCAUGCUUCUAAACCCAAGGAGACGGGCACAUACAUGACACGUUGAGUAACGCUGUGUUUUGAAAGUGCUUGAUGAGAUACAUUAGAAUGAUGAACACCCAGAAGGUGCUGAAAGAAGGAUUUCUGGAGAAACGAAGCAACGGACUCCUGCAGCUGUGGAAAAGAAAGCACUGCGUUCUGACAGAGGAUGGGAUCCGGCUGCAUGACUGGAAGCGAAGUGAGGGCAGCGGCAGCGGCGGAGACUCCGGGUUCAGGUCGGGCGGCUUCCGUUCGCGGUCCUCUUCUAGUAAGACCAAGGAGCUUCGUUUCGAGCGCAUGGCCACGGUGGACUGUGUCGAAUACAAGCGAGAGCUGGUUUAUUUCACUGUGGUGAUGGCCGGGGGAAAGGAGAUAGACUUCAGAUGCCAGCAGGAGGGUACUGCCUGGAACGCGGAGAUAGCUCUGGGUUUGGUCCGGUUUAAAAACCUCCUGGCGGUGCAAUCGGGCAGAACCAGCCACCUGGCACACCUGGGCAGCACCGGGGAAGAAGAGGCGCUGGAAUCCUGACGAAAGACUGGACAGCAGUGAUAGGUGAGCUAAGAUUGAAAACGGUCCACAAUCCUCUUUUUUUUGGAAGAAGUGAAGAUGUCAAUUUCCUACGACUGCAGGAUUAAAACUAUUCAAGAAUCGUUAAAACAAAUAAAAUAUAUUAAAACAAAAUCUAUCAACGUCUUACUGAUGCCCGGAUCAAUACCCCUGGACACCCUGGAACCACCUCUUCCCAAUAGCUCCAGUAAGCCAGCCUCAGGAUGCAGUACCACUCUGCUCUCUUUAACCUCAGUCUAAAUGAUGCAUAUCACCAUUAAUCUGUACCUGAAAGCAUAUUGACUUUUUACAGGUGUUGCUGAGUUCUGCAUAAAAUGUUGCAGUGCCAAAAUUUGAAAAUCCCUGCAGUUAUUUUGUAAUGUUUGAUCUAGUUUUAAAUUUAGAUUCUCUUGUUAAAUUUGUUCAGAUUCUUGCAUGCUUUUUCCUGUACAUUUAACAGGUGGCACAGUGAGUUAAUGAACCAGCAUCUUACUGUUACCUUAGCUCUCUAUGAACACAACUUUGCUGUCUGUGAACAGUUCACACCCCAAUACCACCAGGCAAUUGUGCUGCUUUGCUUUGCUCUGAGCUGCUCCCUCACCCCUAAUAGAAAGGGUUCCUCCUGGCGUGAGCAAGCCUAAAGCUACAGUGGUAGCCAAAAUCAGCUGUACACCUGUCUCGGGACUGUCGCAGUGCGGUAACACAAAAAUGUUGCAGUUUUGCAAUCCUGUUUUCUUCUCACCAGCAUUGAAUCAGCUGCACUUCAUUAGUUCUGCCACCAGGUGACAAAAUAAAGCAGGAAAUGCAUUAAACAAAACAGCAGGGUGCGCUGUGGACUUCAGCUGAUCGGAGAUCCAAUUUCUUUAGGCUCCAAGAUGCUUUAACCAAAGAUUGUACAUUUGCACAGAGCACGUGCGGGCUGAGUACAGGAAAGCAUAGCGACACCUGCUGGAGGUGCAAUGCACUUCUGUGACUCAAGCAGACUUGCUGGAUGUCACAGUGAAUGCAACAGGCUUACCCUUGCAUGGCUGAUUUGCAGUGCAAAUGGAAUGAAUAUUGACAUGCAUUCUGUAAUCUCCUUGUUGCAAGUCAUUCAGGAGGAGCAAGACAAGAAGAUCUUCCAGACUUUGUACCCAAGGCUGCAAAAGAUUAAUGAUGUCUCUAAAAGACUCUUGGGACAGUCUGGAAAACAGGUUUUGGUGCAGAUUCCCACCCCCCAACUUCCCAGAAGUGGUAAACGUUGAGUAUCCCCUAAACAUGUAAACACCUUGCAGACUUGCUGAAUCAGUGCCACCCUGGCUGCCCAUGGUCACCCCGCAUCCUAUUGAGAGUGUUAUGGCAGGUGUUUCUAAUUUUAUGUCCAAUCCUGCACACGCCACCUAUCCUCACAUUACCUCAGUGAAGUAUUUACAGAGAAGUAAGUUAGGCUUUCAAAUGAUGGGAGGAUCCAAAGAUUACUGUAGAUCAGCUUCGCUCACAGUAUUACUGACCUAGAAAAUAAAAACAAUGUCUUCUUGUCUGAGACAGGCAUGACGUUUCUAUAUUUAAACACUUGACAUGUUUGAUGGCUGGGAUUCAGAUUCCAAAUCUAGUCCCAUGACCUUUUGACUAAUCUAUUGACCAUUGUUAACGACCGUCCUUCCAGAAGAGCUAGAUAUAUUCCAUUGGGAUGCCACAAUACCACCAAUGUGUUACCCUGAAGAACCCUUAGACAACCACAGCAUCACCAGCAAAGGCAAUACAAAAAAAACUGCUCAGUGCUAUUGUACAAUAGCACACAGUUCAUACCAUUAUGAUACUAGUGGUAUAUAAAAAAAAUAAUGUUACCAAUAUGGUAUCUACCAGUGACUGAGUUGCAGCAUUUGUACUGCCAUUCUCCCGUAGCACAGAAUCAUAGCAUUGAUGUUAAUGCCGUUGCAAAACUAAAGAUUUUUAGAGACUGCAGCUUUUCUACAGCAGUCAAUGCAAUCACAAGACACUAGAGCCAGAUCUCUCAAGAUAUUGACAUCAAAGUGCAAUUUGCAAAAUGAAAGUGUUAAUGUUAUAAAACUAGUUUAAAGCGAUGUACAGCAGGCAUACCUCUGAUUCCUGAAACAGACCUUCCGAGUGUUAUUCGUAUCGUAGUUUUGCACUUUGUUGAUAAAAUCAACCACAACAGAGGGGCAUCUGAAUAAUAUUGUAGGUUUUCUUAAUAGGUAAACGUGUCAUUAUUAUUUUAAUGUGGUUAUGUCAUUUUAAGCAUCAACUGUGUUGUAGCACAGGACCAUUUAGCUGACAAAUAGAAGUCAUUUUGCACAGGAAAUGCAGCUAAUAUUGAUUAAAUGAGACUUUUAAGAAACACUGUUUAAUAAGUUAAAGGUUUGAGAAUAGGGGAUCCAGUAUUCUUGCCAAUGUAGUUCAUCGUGCUUUUGGUUCUGUAUUCUAAUAUGUAUCCCGAGUUCAUUGUGUUAUAUCUCUGUAACCUUCAAACACUUUGUUUUGAAUUCUUACAAUGUCUUAAUUUGAAACAUCUUUGUUUCUGUAAUGUAAUAAAGCCUGUUUUAAGUUCGUAUCAAUUUCACAA